AGUAACUGCCGGCCAAAGCGCAAAACCGCAGAGUUGGCGAACAGGCCUGAUUGAUCCAGCGUCUUCAGGAACCUCCGGAUUCUGGGAGGAAGGACUAAAGUGUUCCAAUUCAUAUCCGACUGCAUUCACCCAGGUAGAUGCUCUUAAGGGCUCGAGUUUCGUCCUUACCUCUACAAUGAUUGCAGUCGUCGAAAGUCCCACCAUGGUCUCUGUCCUUCUCCUGGGUGCCACUGGGUACAUUGGGAGAGAGAUUGCAUCCAAACUGAGGGAUGAAUUUCCGGGAUUACGUCUGGCAGCGUUAAUCCGUAAUCCCAUCCACACCAAGGCUUUACAAGUUCACCUGGGAGAUGUGAACGACAUGGGUGGCAUCGUCAACCUCGUCGCGCGGGCCGACAUUGUCAUCAAUGCGGCCGUGUCGGAUAAUAUUUGCUUGAUCCAAGCGAUUUUAGCGGGUCAGAGAAACCGCCAAGCGCCAGGAGGGAAGGGCAUACUCGUGCAUCUUAGCAAGAGUAAUUCGUCCGGGCUAAUACCGUUCGCUUUUUUGCAGGACCAAAACCUUCAAGACUGGAUGGCGCAACCGCCGAGAAAGGAAUCUAACACCCAUAGAAUCAUGGAAAUGGCCGAUGAAUCGAGCACUCUGGCCUUCAUCAUUGCCCCGACCAUGGUGUUCGGUGGCGAUGGCGGCCGAGACGGGGCCAGAUCACAUCACCUUUACGACCUCGUGCAACAUUCAAGACGUUAUAGGCGCGUAUACUUUCCCGGGAACGGGAUGAACACGAGUAAUGCGAUCCAUGUCAAUAGCCUUAUCGACCUUUGCUUUCGAGUCAUCCGCUUGGGGACCUCGCCGCUAGCCAACAGCCUGAAAGAGAAUCCCCAGUUCUUCUUCGCCGGUGGAUCGGAGUUCUCUUGGGCUGAGGCUGCGAGCAGGGUGGCAGACAUAUUGUAUCGAAAGCAAAUGAUAGAUUCAGCAAGGGUCGUUCCUGGACGUGCAGACGUACUUCCGGAUCUGUGGAAGUAUUCGAGAGGAGGAAGCGUCGAGUGUGUCCGAGGAAGAUCACUGGGCUGGGCUCCGAAGGAGAAGCCUUCCCUCCUGGAUUCCUUGGAUAAAGAACUAGAAUCGAUCCUAGUAGACCCAAGUGUACUGACCUUUUGGUUUAGUAAGAGCACUACAAAGGCCAUAGAAGUCGAAGCUUUGGAUAUGUUGAUCUCAUUACGCAGCAUUCGAAAUGGAAGGAAGCAGGCAGUUUCGAGAGGUUCACAAUCGUCUAUUCAGCGCCCUUUUUGUCCAGCUUGCGCGGCUCUUUACGUUUUUAGCCGUCCGGUUCGUCGAAAGGCGUCCGUGAGCGCCACGGAUGCUUUCUAG